AUGUCACUUUGGGUGGAUAAGUACCGUCCUAAGACUUUAGAUCAAUUAUCAUAUCAUGAUUCAAUCACACAAAGUCUUAGAGCAUUAGCUAAAUCAGGAGAUUUCCCACAUUUAUUAGUAUAUGGACCAAGUGGAAGUGGGAAGAAGACAAGAAUUUAUUGUACUUUAAAUGAAAUAUUUGGUUCUCAAGUUGAAAAAUUGAAAAUUGAUGUCAAGAAUUUUGUUACAUCAUCAAAUAGAAAAUUGGAAUUUAAUGUUUUGAGUUCAGCUAAUCAUUUAGAAAUUACUCCAAGUGAUAUGGGAAAUAAUGAUCGUGUGGUUAUUCAAGAUUUAUUGAAAGAUGUCGCUUCCACUGAACAAGUUGAUUUUGCCAAUCAACUGAGAACAAAACAUAGAUUUAAGAUAGUCAUUAUCAAUGAGGCUGAUUCUUUAAGUAGAGAUGCUCAAGCAGCAUUAAGAAGAACUAUGGAAAAAUACUCAUCUAAUAUUAGAUUGAUAUUGGUUUGUAAUUCAAUAUCAAACAUUAUUGCUCCUAUUAAAUCAAGAACCUUAUUAGUCAGAAUCCCAAGUCCAAGUGUUGAUGAUAUUUCCAAUAUCUUGAAUAAUGUAGCAGAAUCAGAAGCUAUUAAAUUUAAAGCUACCAAUGAGUUAGCUAUGAAAAAAUUCUACAAUGAUAUAGCCACUACCAGUAAUAGAAACUUGAGAAGAUGUUUAUUGAGUUUUGAAUCCAUCAGUAUGCAAAAUGAAACUAUUGAUACCAAUUCUGAUGUGGGCAAAUUGGAGUUGGAUUGGGAGGUUAUCAUUACCAAUAUGGCAAAUAAUAUUAAAGCUCAUAGAACAAUUACAACAUUAUCUAAAUCCAGAAUAGUGUUAUAUGAAUUAUUGUCACAUUGUAUUCCUGCCAGAACUAUAUUGAAAACAUUAUUAUUUGAUUUGGUUAAUCUAUUUGUGGAUAAUGCCAGGUUAGUCCAAGAAUUGGUUGCAUUGGCAUCAAUUUUUGACGAGAGAUUAAGUUUAGGAACAAAGAGCAUUUUCCACUUGGAAGGAUUUAUAGCCAAAUCAAUGGUUGCUAUUGAUCAGUUUAUUUAG